CGUCAUGCGUGCUACCGAAGUCGAAGGUAAUAUGGCGCACAAAAGAAAGAGGACAGCCAUGGAGGCAGAGAUGGACAAACCCCCUACUCGGUCGAAAAUCUGGUUCGAGGACGGCAACAUCGUGCUCCAGGCGGAGAACGUGCAGUUCAAGUUCUACAAGGGGCUUCUGUCGACGUACUCUCCUUUCUUCAUGGAUGUGUUCGCAGUACCGCAGCCAGUACCCAUCUCCGACGCGGACAUGGUGGAGGGAUGUCAAGUUAUGAAGCUGCCAGACACCGCGGCUGAUGCCGAAUACAUGCUCAGCUAUAUCAUCGAGCCGAAACUGUCGACGGCAACCCCGAGCAUUGCAGACAUGAUAGCAGCACUGAAGAUGGGACAUAAAUACCUCAUCUCAUCUCUUUGGGAGGAUACGGUGGAAAGACUGCGCUAUGAAUUCCCCGACACAUUGGACGAGUAUAUGAAGCGGCCUGUAGCUCAAGGAACGCUUCGCUUUACGCGCAUGCAUCUGAGUACAACCCGAGAGCACCUCCUGCAUCUCGUCGACGUCGUGCGGAGCACGGGACUGCAGAGGAUCCUGCCGAUACUCUGUCUAUCCGCCGUGGACUCCGGUAAAUUGCUAAACUUGCUCAUCGAUGGCAUCCCGGACACCCCACGGCUAGAUGGCCCCAGUGUGGAGACGCGUCUCAUGCUGCUAGGCGGACGCACAAGAGCACUGGCCUCAACGCAGACGGCAACACGCAAUGUAUUUGUGCCUGCCAGUAUGCCAGAGGGGUGCAGUCAACCCUCCGUCUGCUCAGAAGAUCGACGGAACCUGCGCGACGUAUUCCUGACGCGGCUGGAAAAUGGCGGCAGGCUGGCGAUCUUCGAGGAUUGGGAUGAGAUAUUGGCAGGUCAAUUGGGUAAAUUCAUGUGUCUGGCCUGUGAGCACGAUUUGCUACAGAAAAGACGAGCGGCACAGCAGGUGAUUUGGGACGCGCUGCCGUCCUUCUUCGGCCUGCCGGUAUGGGCAGAACUGAAGAACUUCGAGAUGGCGUGAGCGUCCCAGAUUGACUAUAGUUUUCGUAGACAUCGAAUUUUACGAAUCUAGCCCUC